CUUUCCACCACAUGCUCAUAGCCGAGGAUUUAUGAAGAGAAACCUCACUCGGGCUGUCUGGCGGCGCUUUAAUUUCAUUUCGAUUUGAAGAUUUCAGCAGUCAUGGAUGGAGACGUACUGUCAUUGUCAUCCUCUCCAUCGUUAUCAUCCUCAGCAGCAGCCGUGGUGGCAGCAGAAACAGACGAUACUUCAGUAAGAAGCGACAGCAGCCUCUUUCAGGGCCAACAGAAGCACCGAUCUGCUGAAGCACUGUGCAGUGAGGAUGUGAGUCCCGUGGGUGUCAGGUUGCUGUCCACAGAGGAGCAGGUGACUCUGAUCACUGAGAGCAUGACAGUCACCUCCGCUGACCAGGAGAAACUGCUGCUGCUCAACAAGAACACCGAGCUCCGCAGAGUCAACAAAGAGCUGAUGAAGCUGAACGAGGACUGGGACCAGGUGUACCGCAGUGCCACACUGGGUCUGCAGCACAGACUGGAGGCUUUGGAACUGGGGAACACUGCAGUGAAACAGCUCAACGGUAGACUGCUGCUCAAAGUGGAACACCAACAGAGUGCAAAGGACUACUACGAGCAGGCUCUGAUGCAGGAGCUGAAGAAGAACCAGGAUCUGCAGGAAUACAUCAGGCUGCUGGAGAACAGGACGCAUCAUCCACAGAGAGCCUGCACACAGGUCCAAGAGGGCAGCUUCAGCGCUGGGGUGAAUGCUCCUGUGUUGUCGCCCACCACAAAUCCACCAAGAGGUCCUGACUUGUCACCCAGCUUUGUGUCUGGAUACAAACCUUCACCCUCCCUCUUCCCUGCCUCCUCGGGCUCAGAGGAAGCAUGGAAGAGAAAAAGCAAGAGCAGCAGCACCCCACUGGGACACUCCCAGCAAGAAGUGCAUGAUCUAAAAGAACAGCUGGGGGCACUGAGAUGUCAGCAGACCCAGAUUUAUGAAGCUGAAUAUCAGACGGAGCACAACGACCACAAACACACGCUGCAGGAGAACCGCAGGCUGAGGAAGAAGAGGGAGGAGAUGCGCCAACAGGUGGCGCUACUGCAGGAGCAGCUCAAGGUUUACGAGGACGACUUCCGACGGGAGCGCGCCGACAAACAGAUGUUGCAGAGGCUGCUGUUGAAGAAAACGCCUCCCAACAGGGACCCUGUGCUCGUCCACCGCUGCAAUAACGCGCAGCCGCCACAGGGAGGAGACAAGAGGACGCAAAGUGCAGAGAAAAGAAGGCAGCACCACCUUCUCUGUCCCAAGCACCAAGACAGAGACAAGGAGUCAGACUGAGGCUCAGAGGGAGGGGGGAAUCCAUGGUGAUACACAUCACAUAGUGAUGACUUUAAGGAGUUUAAAUCUUUUUCGAUAAUGAAAAAUCAUUCAUUUAUACAUUUAUAAGCACAAACAUAUUCAUUAUUUAUUACAAUCUAAUUUAUCUAUAUCUUAUUGCACUAGGUAUUAGAGUUUUUUUUAUCCUAUAUAUAUAUAUAUUCUUUCAUAUAAUCUUCUCUUAAGUGACAUGUCUAUUAAUCUUUAAUUAUAUUUUGUAUAAUAAAACAUGAAGUGGU